UCAAGUGGGGCGAUUUAUUGAAGGUCGCCACAGAUCACCUGAGCCACACAACAACACAUACCGACGACACUCCAUAACCCGCAGCAUCAGAACAACAACAACAGGCAUGAACAGUAACAGCAAAAACUCUACACAUUCAUCUUCUUCAUCAAUGGAUAGUUCCGGCAAGAAGGUUCGGAAGCCCUAUACUAUUACAAAGUCCAGAGAAAGCUGGACUGAAGAAGAACACGAUAAGUUCCUUGAAGCUCUUCAAUUGUUUGAUCGUGAUUGGAAGAAAAUUGAAGACUUUGUUGGUUCAAAGACAGUAAUUCAGAUACGAAGUCACGCCCAGAAAUAUUUUCUGAAGGUCCAAAAAAACGGAUCAAUCGCACACGUCCCGCCACCUCGUCCGAAACGCAAGGCUACACAUCCUUAUCCACAAAAGGCAGCCAAAAAUGUUCUAUUACCACUUCAAACAUCCAUGUGCUAUCCUUCCUCAAUGAGUACCCUUACGCCUGGAUAUACUCCGUGGGACGACACUUCCCAGCUUAUCAGUCCAUCUAGUGGAAUUAUGACUUCACACGAUGAAUAUGAUCUACAUGGGAUUGAAGCUGACUCUGGAUCAAGAGGCGCGCUAAAGAUUAGUAACAUCAGUAGUAGUGGCGUAGGGAGCUCCAGUAGAGAAAUUCCUAGUUCUGAACUAUCAAAACAAACGGAACCAGCUUCCGUCCUUCAUGGCAUACCAGAUUUCUCUGAAGUUUAUAGCUUCAUUGGAAGUGUUUUUGAUCCCGAAAGUAAAGGGCAUGUGCAGAAAUUAAAGGAGAUGGAUCCUAUAAACUUCGAAACAGUCUUGUUACUAAUGAGAAAUCUCACGGUCAACUUGUCAAGUCCCGACUUUGAGCCAAUGAAAAAGGUCUUGUCAUCAUAUGAAACCGAUUCCAAAACUUUAGGAGUGUCCGCAGACAGUGUUUACGAACGCCCAAAGCAAUGAGAUUAGGGGCUUCCAAAACUAUAGGAGCGCCCUCGUAAUUACUAUGUAAACUAUAGAUGAGACGCGUGUGGAAGUUUACAUGGAAAGCUCUAUGAAUGGUGGAAACCAUACAAAAGGAGUUUGGAACACGCACAAGGAUGUGAAGAUCAAAUCUCCAAAAAGAAGUCCGGUGUGGUUUAGAACCGCGAAUAUCAAAUGUGAAGAUGGUCAUACAGUUCGGGGUUGUAGCCGGAUACGGGUGAAUUUCUUGAAGAUCUUCUUGUGAUUUUAUAUGUUUUUUUUUUAUAUAUUUUUGGCUAGUAUAUUGUAAGAGUGGUGUCACUAAAAGUAAAAAGAGGGAAAAGUAAUAAUGCCUAACAAACUGUUGCAGAACAAAUUUUGAUUUAUGUACCGUUUCCUUGAACUUGAA